AUGCCUGUUUCUUAUAAUAGUUGUGUUCUGGUGUGUAGGGAAAUGGUUGGAAGAAAUGACCAAGCGAUUGCUGAUGCUUUUGAGUCAAUGGCUCAAAUGUUGCAGGAUCAACAGAACCAGGCUAGUGAUGAGUUCUGUGGAUUGGAGAAAUUUCAGAGAAACAAUCAGGCAUGGCUCAGAGGAAUUAAGAAGAUUUUCCGAGUGAUAGCAUGUAAUGAGGAACAAAAUGUGUUGUUUAGUACUCAUAUGUUAUUAGAGGAAGAUAAAGACCGAUGGAAUAAUGUGCGUCAGAGACUGGAUCCUGUAGGUACUGAUAUUACUUGGGUUGUGUUCAGAACGCAUUUUCUAGAGAAGUACUUUCCUAAGGACAUGUGCAGUAAUAAGGAUAUCGGGUUCCUUGAGUUGAAACAAGGAAAUUUGACAGUUGCAAAGUAUGAUGUUAAGUUUGAAGAGUUUACGGAGUUUUGUCCACACUAUAAUAGUACGACUGCUUAG